UCCAGUGUCACAUCAUCAUUAUCAAUGGUGAAACCCUUAUAACCCCCCCCCCCCCAAUUCAUGUUGGUGUAACCAUUUCAGCAAUAAAUGGAAAACAAGGGAAGAACAACAACGAAGAACGAGUAUGAAGAUUUGUUACCUGUGAUGGCUGAAAAGCUUGACGUGGAAGCUUUUGUUUCCGAGUUAUGCGGUGGGUUUCGUCUACUAGCAGAUGAAGAUCGAGGGUUGAUAACAGCCGAGAGUUUGAAGAAGAACUCUGCACUUUUAGGUAUGGAAGGGAUGAGCGAAGAAGAAGCUUGGGAUAUGGUUAAAGAAGGUGAUCUUGAUGGAGAUGGCGCAUUGAACCAGACCGAGUUUUGUAUCCUUAUGGUUAGGCUUAGCCCCGGAAUGAUGGAAGAUGCCGAGACGUGGCUGGAGAAAGCGAUUCAUCAAGAGUUAAGGAAAAAAACCUCAGCUUGAUCUUCUCCUUCUUUUGGUAUUUUAAUGGUGUGUGUUUCUAUGGAUUUAGUUUAUGUUAUUGUACUACAAGUUGAUUUGUUAAUUAAUGGACAAAGCAUCAUUUUAAUCCAA